AUGCAUUUCUCUUCCGCUUUCGCUACCACCAUCGCUGUGCUGCCCUUGGCCGCCAAUGCUUGGAACUACAGCAUCAACAACGCUCCUAUCCACAACGGUGAAAAGGACGUCCCUUGUACUGCACAGCCUGACGGCAAUUGCGCCACUGAGGUUGGACUCUCGUCUAAGAACUGGGAAACCACUCUCACCCGGGACGUUGCUGCGUUCAGCAUCACCGACUGCUAA